AUGUGGACGGGCUCGUCCCGGCUGAGCCCACCGCUCCGUUCUUCCUUCCAGCGGCAGCCCGUGCUUCUCCCCAUCUCCCUCAUGUUCCCGCGUCCGCGGAAGCUAACCAUUCGAAUUCUCAGUAGGAAGGCAUCGAUCCCAUGCACGAAUUUCUCUACGAACCAUCGAACUUUCAUCAGCAAUUCAUGCGAAACCCAUCAUCACAACCUUGAAAUCGUAGUCAAAUCAGGCGAUGCUUGGAGUUUGUGGGAUACCAUCGAUCCCUUAAUCGCUAGGAGCACCAGAGAGAUCGAUGAUAAUCCUCAGAUUAUUAUCCCAUUGGCAAGAAGACUUGUCGAUUUGGGAUCCGUGGGAACCGUUAAGUGCAUUCAUGCCCACUUGGUGGUGUCUGGAAUGGGCGCUUCCAUCGCCUUGCACAACCACCUUAUUGUUGUGUAUUCAAAACUCGGGAGAUUUGAUGAUGGUUGUAACGUGUUUGAGAAAAUGCCUAAGCGGAACGUUGUUUCUUGGACUGUCAUGGUUUCCGCAUGCGUGAAGAACGGUUUCCAUCGUGAUGCUUUGCGUGUUUACUCUAGUAUGAGGCGGCAUGGCAUGGGUUUGGACAGUUUCGCACUGUCGUCUGUGUUGCGGGCAUGUGUAGCAAUUGGAUCAAUAAGCUUAUGCCACCAGAUUCAUGGGGAAUUGGUGAAAACUGGAAACGAGUCUUGUGCUUUUGUGGGGAAUGUGGUGGUUGAUAUGUAUGUCAAGUGUGGAAGUCUAGACGAUGCUGAGAAGUUCUUUCAUGAAAUGGCUGUGAGAAACGUAGUCUCUUGGACUGCCAUUAUAGGCGGCUACGCUAGGAGCAGCACGUGCAUGGGGUUUAAGCUUUGUGUGGAAAUGAUUCGUGAAGGCACCCUUCCUGAUCAGUCCGCAUUUGCUAGUGUUUUGGCAAGCUUAUCAAUGGAUAAUUUCAAUCAGGUUAUGCAGGUGCAUGCAAUUGCUGUCAAAUUAGGCUUCGGUUCAGAUAUUGUUGUUGGUUGUGCCAUUCUUGAUCUGUAUCUGAAGUUUUAUCUUUUAAAGGAUGCCUACAAGCUGUUCGAAGAGAUGCCAGAAAGGAAUGUUGUUUCAUGGACUGCUAUGAUUGUUGGUAACAUACAUAAUGGUCAUCCUGUCAGGGCUCUAGAAUUGUUUGCUAGGAUGCGGCUGUCUGGCAUUAAAGGUGACGGAUUCACUGCAUCAGGCGUUCUCAGAGCUUGUGUAAACAUGACCUCCCUAGAGAUGGCAAAACAAGUUCAUGGAGAUGUACUCAAAAGGCGGCUUGAAAUGGAUGUUUCCGUCAAUAAUGCACUCAUAGAUGCGUAUGGAAAGUGUGGUGACAUUAUGAAUGCAUAUAAGUUGUUUACAGAGGUUGAGAAACCAGAUUUGGCCUCAUGGAAUUCUAUAAUUUCUGCGUUUUCCAUGCACGGGCAUGGGAAAGAAUCUGUCAGACUCUUUGGGGAAAUGCAGAAACAGGGGGUAAAGCCUGAUACCAUCACAUUUGUGGCCAUCCUUUCUGGUUGUAGCCAUGGGGGUCUUGUAGAGGAUGCUCGGAACUGCUUUGAGAUUAUGACCAAAGAAUAUGGAAUUGAACCAAGAGAUGAACAUUAUAGUUGUAUGGUAGAUCUUCUUGGAAGGGCUGGAUUGCUUGACCAAGCAUUAGAACUUAUAGAAGACAUGCCACGGAAACCAGGCGAUUCAGUUUGGGGUGCUCUUCUCGGUGCUUGUAAGGAGCUUGGUAAUACUAAAAUUGCAGAAAGAGCCGCACUUGAGCUGACACAACUCAUGCCUGAGGAGCCCUUAACUUACAUAAGUCUGGCCAAUACUUACGCUUCUGCUGGUAGAUGGGAGAGUGCAGCCAGAGUGAGGAAGUUGAUGAUGGGCAUGGGAAUGAAAAAGGAUCCUGGUUGUAGUUGGAUUGAAAUGGAUAGCAAGGUGCACGUAUUUAUAGUUGGAGAAAAAUCACAUCCGCACGGAGCUGAAAUCAACGACCUCCUGGGAGUCAUGUCCAUUCAUAUGAGGGGGGUAGGCGACCAGUGCACAACAGAACAGUUCGCUGGAUAA